AUGAUCUUACUUAUUGGAAUUAUAAUAUGGCUAAUCAAUGGAAUGGUAUACUCGGUAUAUGGGAUAAAACAUAUGUACUAUGUAAAGCCAAUAGAUGGGAAUAUACAUAUGCUAAAUAGAAAAAGUAGCAGAUUCCAAAGUAGAAGACAAAAAAGUAAAGAAAAUAAUAAAUUAUAUGGAAUACCAAGAAUGUAUAAAUGGUUAACCUCUUAUUAUCCAACAGUUAGAGAAGAAUUAAUUAAUGAUGGAGAAAAAAAAAAAGUUGAUAUUUUUUAUAUAGAUAUGAAUGGUGUUAUUCAUCAUUGUACUCAUGCUAAUAAAGAUGCAUUACCUAUAUAUAAUGAGCAUGAAUUAUUUUCUAAUAUUUUACAUUAUUUAAAAAAUUUAUUUUAUUUGAUAAAACCACAAAAAUUAGUAUAUAUAGGGGUUGAUGGUGUUGCACCAAAAGCUAAAAUGAAUCAACAAAGAAAAAGAAGAUUUUUAAGUUUAUUUAAAAUUCAUGAUAAUUCAAAUACUCCAAAUUUAUUUAAUCCUAACUGUAUAACUACAGGAACAGAUUUUAUGUACAAGAUAAAUUUAACCUUAAAUAAAUGGUUUAAAAUUUUAAAAAAAAAAAAAGUCUUUAACUUUGAUAUUAUAUAUUCUGGUUCGGAUGUACCAGGCGAAGGGGAACACAAAAUUUUGAAAUACAUUAGGGAGAAUUGCAAGAACGAUAGCAACUUCAAAAAUUGGAAUCAUUGCAUCUAUGGAUUGGACGCCGAUUUAAUUAUGUUAUCUCUAGUUACACAUCUAAAUAAUAUUUUUAUUUUGAGAGAUAAAUUUAAGCUAACUAAUGAUUCGAUGCAUAAUAAUAUAGUAGAUACUAUUGAAAAGGUACAAUAUGAAUUUAAUGUCAAUAGUAAUUCAGAUUCAACUGAAUCUGAUAAUAAUGAAAAAGAAAUAUCAGCAAAUAGAGAAUUAAAAGAAACAGAUAAAUCUGAGGAAAAUACAAAUAUAUCCAAUGAAGAAACAGUUAAUAAUUAUUUUAAUAAAAUACAUAAAUAUACACAUGAUUAUUAUUUACAAUAUGAUGAAUUAAAUAGUUAUGAUUUUGAAAUAUUAGAUAUAUAUAAACUUAGAAGUUCAAUAAAAACACAAAUAGCUACAUAUAUAAAUAAAUUAAAAAAAGAAAAAAAUAUUAUUUUUAGUAUAAAUAGAGUAAUAGAUGAUAUUGUAUUUUUAUCAUUUCUUGUUGGUAAUGACUUUUUACCCCAUAUCCCAAAUAUAGAUAUUAAUGAAGGAUCAAUGAAUGAAAUUUUAAAUUCCUAUAUUUUUUAUAUUUAUAAAUAUUCUAAUUAUAUAACAUACAAAGAUAAAGUCCAUAUAGAGCGUCUAAAAAUAAUUUUAAAAAUUUUAAGUGGACAAGAAUUUCAGUAUUUUAAAAAACGAGGAAUUAAUGAAAAUAUUCCUGAAUUUACUGAUGAGCAAAAAUAUAAGUCAUAUUAUUAUCUCCACAAAUUUGGUGUUAGUGAUCCUAAGGAAAUACAGCAAAUUGUAAAAAAAUACAUCGAGGGUUUAUUCUGGAAUUUGCACUAUUAUCACUUUGGAUGUGCAAGUUGGCAUUGGGAAUAUCCAUAUCACUAUGCCCCCCUAUGUAGCGACUUGCUAAGUUUUGAAAAGUCUGACUUUUUUUUUGAAAAGGGAAAACCAUAUUCAGCCUACACACAUUUAAUUAGUGUGCUUCCACAAAAGGACAAAAACCUCCUUCCAGAUGCAUAUAAAAAUGUUUAUGCAGAAGAUGAAGUAAAAUCCUUUUUUCCUGAUAAUGUUAAAAUAGACCCAAAUGGAAAAAAAGAGACUUGGGAAUACAUAGUCCAUUUGCCAUUCAUAAAUUGUAAUAUGAUAAAUAAGAUUGUUAAUGAAAAGAGCAAAAAAAUAUCGAGGCUUAAAUAUAAGUUAAGAGAACUAAAUGGACGAGAGCACCGAUACUAG